UAGCGGCUUCGUUGCAAUUUCCAGGCGGUGUCCGUAGUUUCUUGCAUAGACUAUGCCAGGCGGCUCCAAUUAGAACAUGGAUGCAAAAUUCUUCAAACUGCUCCUCCUGGGCGGCGUGGUGCGCUUCUAUUUCAGUCGCACGCCGUUGGCUGCCAUGAUUGGCAACCGAGUGGAGUUCGCGACGCCUUUGAAUUCACACAAGCGCAUGCAAGAAGGCAUCUUCCUGCUGCAGAGCGGCAUUGAUCCGUACCAAGGCGAUCUGGUCCACGAGACGCCACUGAUCCUCAGCGCUCUCUCUGGCUUAUUCCAAAAGUACCCGCAUUUUUUGCCAGCAUUCUACAUCAUCUUGGACGUCUUUACUGCCGCCCUUCUCUAUCUAAUGAGUCGUCGCUUUGUCCGGCAAAAGCAGGAACAGCAGACCACGGAACAAAAGCAUUAUGCGAAGGACACUGUGGAGCUGCAGUUCAGCGAAUUGGACAAAUACGACAUUCCCGAACUGGUGAUCGUGGCGUAUCUCUUCAAUCCUCUGACUGUGAUGAACUGUAUUGGCAUGACUUCCACGGUGAUCAGUAAUUUGUUCCUGGCCUCAUUUCUGUACUGCCUGGUGAAAGGUCUGCUGCUUCCCUGCCUUUUGGUUCUGGCCUUUGAAACCGUCCGCAGUUUCUACCCCAUCGUGCUGAUAGCUCCACUGCUCCUGGUCUUUUCACGAAAAUCCAUCCGGAGGGGUCUAGUCAUAACGCUGCUCUUUAUCGCCAGCUGUGUGGGUGUGGCUUUUGCCAACUUCUUUGUUCUGAAUAGCUGGAACUUUUUGGACGGCACAUUGGGAUUCAUAUUUUAUUUCCGAGACUUGCAGCCCAAUAUCGGAUUGUUCUGGUAUUUCUUCACAGAAAUGUUCGAGCACUUCCGAACCAUGUUCCUGAUCACAUUCCAACUGAAUGCCACGGUAUUGUACCUGUUGCCUCUCAGCAUUAAGUUGCGCAAGGAGCCACUCCUAUUGGCCACCGUCUUGGUGGCUCUCAUGGCCGUGUUUCGAGCAUAUCCCAGCUUGGGCGAUGUUGGUUUCUAUUUGGCUUUGCUGCCGCUGUGGAAGCGUUGCUGGAAAUUUAUGGCGCAUGGCUUUGUGGUCUUCACAUUCUUCCUGGUUACUCUGUCAAUGAUGGGAGCUUUGUGGCAUUUAUGGAUCUACGCUGGCUCUGCAAAUGCAAACUUUUAUUUUGGAGCCACUCUUGCCUUUUCAACUGGCCAGAUAUUCCUCAUCACGGAUCUACUCUUCGCACACGUUAAACGGGAGUUCUGUCUCUUCAAGGGCCAAAAAAUUUGGAUUGACGGCGUUGAGGCGAGAAUAGUCUUGAAAUAAGCCUUUCGCGAACAAUAUCAGCUCAUUGUGUGGAUGCUAGAACCUUGUACAGAUGCAAAAGCUGCUCCGCUGAUACAUUUUUUUAAGAAGCAGGCGGAGGAGCAGCAGGGCAUACUCUUAACAUAAGUAAACUUUAAACGAUAUCAAAUUAAAACAAAAACUUUAUUUGAUUCUAA